UGUCUGAUCCUCCGCUUGUGGAAUAGAGAGGACGGCAGAGCGAAUAUAACCCGGGCCGGGGGUCCCGUCGGGGUUCCGUGUGAAUCAUGGCCGACAGCGCUGGGAUUCAGCAAGGUUCACCGGCCAUCGGGGCGGCGGGCCUGGUUCCGGCCGCUCCUGGAGCCGGGGGGACGGAAGGCUCCGGCGCCGCUGGAGGAUCCGCACGUAUCGCGGUAAAGAAGGCGCAACUCCGCUCUUCACCUCGGCCAAAGAAACUGGAAAAACUCGGAGUGUAUUCAUCCUGCAAAGCAGAGGGAGCCUGUAAGUGUAACGGCUGGAAGAGUCAGAACCCCCCUCCUACGCCCCCACGAACCGACCAGCAGUCCAGCACAGUCAACCUGCAGGAGCCUUGCCGGAGUUGUUCUCACACCUUGGGUGAUCAUGUGACCCAUCUAGAAAAUGUUUCCGAGGAGGAAAUGAACCGACUUCUAGGUAUUGUCCUGGAUGUGGAGUACCUCUACACAUGUGUUCACAAAGAGGAGGAUGCUGACACUAAGCAGGUCUACUUUUCUCUUUUCAAACUGCUGAGGAAAUCCAUCCUACAGAUGGGAAAGCCAAUGUUAGAAGCACAGGAGAGUCCUCCGUUUGAAAAACCUAGUAUCGAACAGGGGGUGAAUAACUUUGUACAGUACAAAUUCAGCCACCUACCAUCUAAGGAACGUCAAACAAUAAUGGAGCUGGCCAAGAUGUUUCUCAACCAGAUCAACUACUGGCAGCUGGAGACACCGUCCCAGAGACGACAGAGGGUUCCCAAUGAUGACGCAGCUGGAUACAAAGCCAACUACACCAGGUGGCUCUGCUACUGCAAUGUGCCUCAGUUCUGCGACAGUCUACCCCGGUACGAAACCACCCAGAUCUUCGGCCGGACUCUUUUGCGUUCGGUGUUCACUGUGAUGAGAAAGCAGCUGCUGGAGCAGGCCAGACAGGAAAAGGACAAGCUGCCACCUGAGAAACGCACACUCAUUCUCACACACUUUCCCAAGUUCCUGUCUAUGCUGGAGGAGGAGGUGUACAGCCAUAGCUCUCCAAUCUGGAGCCAAGACUUUUUGGCAGGCGCGUCAGGAGGGCAGAUCCCUAUCCACACAGUUAUCAGUGCACCUCCUGUGGCCAGGCCGCUCUACUACAGCACCAGUCCUGUGUCAUUGGACCCAUCCAUCUGCGGUAGCGUCAGUCCUGCCCGGAAAACCGCCUCUGUAUUGGAGCCAAACCCAGUUGGAGAAAAACGUAAACCCUCAGAGCCUCUCCCCCAUGAGGAAAACAAGCGGCCCAGGGUGGUGGGGGACAUCCCCAUGGAGCUCAUCAAUGAAGUCAUGGCAACAAUCACAGACCCUGCCGCUGUUCCAGAGACAAGUCUGCUGUCGGCUCACUCUGCACGAGAUGAAGCUGCCCGUCAUGAGGAGCGCAGGGGGGUGAUUGAAUUCCACGUUAUCGGUAACUCCCUAAACCAGAAGCCCAAUAAGAGGAUCUUGAUGUGGCUCGUCGGCCUCCAGAACGUGUUCUCUCACCAGCUGCCACGCAUGCCCAAGGAGUACAUCACACGGCUGGUGUUUGAUCCGAAGCACAAGACGCUGUCUCUCAUCAAAGAUGGCCGUGUGAUCGGAGGGAUCUGCUUCCGAAUGUUUCCGUCGCAGGGCUUUACGGAGAUCGUCUUUUGUGCCGUAACCUCCAACGAACAGGUCAAGGGAUAUGGGACCCAUUUAAUGAACCACCUGAAGGAAUAUCACAUAAAGCACGAAAUCCUCAACUUCCUCACUUAUGCUGAUGAGUACGCCAUCGGCUAUUUCAAGAAACAGGGUUUCUCAAAGGAUAUCAAGGUUCCCAAGGGCAAAUAUGUGGGCUACAUCAAAGACUAUGAAGGAGCCACGCUCAUGGGCUGCGAACUCAACCCCAGCAUUCCCUACACAGAGUUUUCCGUCAUUAUCAAGAAGCAGAAGGAGAUCAUCAAGAAGCUGAUCGAGAGGAAGCAGGCUCAGAUCAGAAAGGUCUAUCCAGGGCUUUCCUGUUUUAAGGAAGGAGUCCGGCAGAUUCCCAUCGAGAGCAUUCCUGGCAUUCGUGAAACUGGCUGGAAGCCGAUAGGCAAAGGCAAGGAACUGAAGGACCCAGAUCAAUUGUACAGCACUCUGAAAACCAUCCUCCAACAUGUGAAGACUGUUUGUUCUGUCUCAGAGUCACCAGAACGCCUGGCCUUUCAUGGAGCCAGUGAAAAAAACAGAGGCCCCUGGGUACUACCAAGUCAUUCGCUUCCCCAUGGAUCUUAAGACAAUGAGCGAGCGUCUGAAGAGCAGGUACUACACAACACGCAAGUUGUUCAUGGCCGACAUGCAGCGCAUCUUCACAAACUGUCGUGAAUACAACCCUCCAGAGAGCGAGUACUACAAGUGUGCCAACCUACUGGAGAAAUUCUUCUACACCAAGAUCAAAGAAGCUGGCCUCAUCGAAAAGUAGAAGAGUGGAAAAGAGACGUUCUCCUCACCUUAACAAAAGAGAGACUGAGACUAUGAAGGGUUAAGGUUAGGUCAUGGGUACUUGCAUGUAGAAAUUAAGAAUAGGACUACUGAUUACGGAGUUUCAGAAACACAUAUCUUAAUGUAAAGUUGCGAAGGGGUCUCAGAUCAGCACUCUUCAAAUGUACAAUGCAUGCUGGGCCAGAUCCUGAAUCAGUAGCUUUGACUGAUAUAAACACUGAAAGAUAGGCCACAAGGGAAGGCCCUUUUUGAAGGCCUGUGAGGCUGUUGCUGACACCAAGCAAAAGGAGAACUGUGUCUUUAUAUUUCACACAUCCCAUGGAAAAACAGGGCACAGGAAGGUGAGACAUAUUAAACAGGGCAGAAAACUUACGUUAUUAUUUCUGUCUUAGACUUUGAAAGGUAACACAGAAUGACAGCUGACUGGAGAUUCACCAUACACCUUACUUUGUCGCCCCUUCAUCUCUUCUCUAUUUUCUUUUCGUACUUUCACCCCCUGCCUUUUUUGGGCGUCUGCCUCAUCCUCUCAGUUGACUCAGGUAGAGUUCUAAAGAGCAGCGACCACCCCUACAUUGUAUUAAGUCAUAACACAAGUGUUUCCUGUGAGGAAAGUGACCGAGACUUCAGGUUUUCCUGUCAUUUUUACCUUGGUUCUUGUGCAGAGCGUUAUAAAGGUCAACGUUUUUCUGUGUGCUGAGUUCAUCCUGCCAAAAGAGGGAUACAUACUUUAAAUGUGUACAGAGUUCAAUUAUUUUAAAGUACUUAAACCCACUGUAUAUUUUAAAUGUGUAUAUAUCAUAUAUUUUCUGUUUCAGAACAAAAAAAACAAUCUUUUCCCAAUAAGCCACUUAGGGCAGUUUGACUAUUGAAUGGCACUUUUAUUUUUCCAAGUAUUAGUUAACAUAAAUAACAGCAGUCUUUUCUUCAGAAUUUGUUUCACAUUUGAAUUAACGCUGUUGACAAAGGACUAAUUCAAUGAUCUAGAGUUUAUUCUUAUUUAUGUUCUGUAAUUUAAAAGAAUUAUGCUUAAGACAAGGUCUUAAUUUAUUCUCUCUUAUUUUUUGUCAUGCAGAUGGAGAUUAAUAACUUUAUACUUUGGAGAUAAAUGAAAAGAUUGUGCAAUACUAUGUAGUUUUGCUGUUUUGUAAAAAGGUGUUUGUACUUUUCAAACUUUAGGAAAAAAAUACAUUUUGUAAGAUGUCUGGAAAAAAUGAUUUCAUGCUCUUUGUACGACUGGUUUUAAUGACAUAGUAUUAGCCUAUUUUAUAGACUGAAUAAAACAGAAGUGAGGCUUAA